UGCCAAAGGGUUUUCUCGUAAAACGGUCCAAGAGGCCAGGUGCUGUCUCAUACAGAAUUCGUGACGACUCCGAACCAGCUCAAAGUCUCCCCUCAGUUGCUGGUUUUCCGACAUAUCAUCUCUUUAAGGACAAUGUGCAGGCGUCCAGCUUCGCGCAAAGAACACCAAACAGGGUUUAUUUCGGAGGGAUGCCUGAAUCAUUUUAUGGGCCAUCUCUAAGCCCAACUCGACCAGACAGCGCGGAGUACAAUAAUCAGUACCCCAAAAGUGCGGAGCCUCAAUCGUUGACUGAGAUUUUUCCCGAACCGAUUCUGGGAAGCUUUGCUCUUAAUGGGUCGCCGGCGACACCCUCCCUACCAGAAAUGACUUCCAAACUGGACUCUAUUUGUAAAGAACAGGCACGAGCUGCGGCAAAGAGACCUGCCCCGACCAGAGCGAAAAAUCAAGCCAGCGCCAAAAAGCGCAAAUCCACCAGUUCCCCACAUCAAGAGAAGCGGCCUGUCAGCCGGGACGAGGUCACCAAGUCGCCUGUACUGGGCCUGCGUAUCACGGAGGAUCUAGAUGAAGACACAAAAAAGAGCUCAAGCACAGGCAGUCCGUUGGGUGGGUUUAUUUGUCAGCUCUGCAAAGAAAGUUACUUAGACCCGCUCAGCUUGGCUCAUCACAAGUGUUCCCGCAUUGUGCGAGUCGAGUAUCGCUGCACCGAGUGUGACAAAGUUUUCAGCUGCCCCGCUAAUCUCGCCUCACACAGGCGCUGGCACAAACCCAGGAGCGCACAAGGGGAAAGUGUCUCCCCACAACGAGAAGAGAACAAAUCCUCACCGACAGCAUCCAGCCAUGUGUCGAACUCUCGAGAAACCGUCACGCCGCCACCCCACACCUCAGACUCGGCUUCAGAUGAUGAGAUGCCCUUUAACUGCCCUUUGUGCGCAAAGAAGUUCAGACGACAGGCAUACCUGAGAAAACACCUGGCUCUCCACAGCAGAAAAGCAAGUGGCCUGCUGCAGAGCCAGCAUUCCCCCGAUGCCACCGUGACAGCACAAAGUCCCAGCGGUAAGGAAGAGAGAGACACACAAGACGGUUCCGUUCAAAACCCAACGAACGAGAACAUGUCUGCGCAGGAAGGCGAUGUGUAUCACUGUAGAUUUUGUGGAGACAAUUUCUUUUCAUCUCCUGGGUUUACAAGACACAUCAACAAGUAUCACCCCACGGAGAACAGGCAGGUGAUAUUUUUCCCCCGGACUGUUUGAACCCAAAAGGAUGGCGGAUUUGACCUGUUAGAAGAUCUUUUAUAUAUUUUUUAUGAAUGUUUUUUUUUUUUUUAAACUGAAAUAUUGAAAUAUGUUAACCUCGCCCCCAAAUUGCAUUAACCCAUAUUUUGUAAAUGUUUGUGUCUGUGUAAGAAAUAUUAAUUAAUUUAUUUAUGUAUUUAUUAAUUUAUUCAUUAUUUAUAUAUUAUUAUUUAUUUCAGUAACUGUAUUUAUUGUUUUGCAUGAUUUGUGUCAAUUUUCAUUGUGAAGAAUUGUACGUGAUUUGAAUCAACUAGUCACAGUUUUGUGUGAAUCAAAAACAUAAGAGCUACAACGUCUUUAAUAAUAUUUUUCUACAUUUCAGUGUUCAAUAAAAUCAGUUGAAGUUUCAAUCGCUUCUGUGGUUCUUUCCCAAGUUCAAAGGACCACACCAAUGUGAUGGUCUAACUUCAGAUUUUCUCUCCACUCAAAUAUUCCGA